GGUACACGUCCUUUCUCUUAGUUUGAGGUGAGGUGUAGGCCGAAUAUCAUUUCCCUCUCGGUGCAGACACUCAUUUUCCCUCUUCGUAGGUGUUGUCGUGAUGGGCUGCUUACCAACCAAGGAGGCCAAGCCCAAGAGGGCCAGCAACUUCCAGGAGGCCCUGGGGGUGAGUGACGCACACACAUAGGCCACACACAGACCCACAGCCCACACGCCGCCAUCCCACGGAUGCAUCCGACGGUCAUCUGCCCCUGGUGUGUGGGCGUGGAUGCGUUUCAGAUACUGUGCGAUAAGCGCGCCGAGGAUAGCGAGGGCAACGGUACCACCGAGGGCGAAAUAAGCACUGAAACAAAUGCGUUUUCGCGGAUGCAUUCAUUCGAUGGAUGCGUCUUGUGGUGUGGUGUGGUGGUGGGUGUUGUGUUGGGUGUGGUUAAUGCAGUUGACGCUGAGAAGUCCAAGGCUGAGGCUGACGAGUUGUUGGGCAAGUACAAGCCAAAGGAGGGCAACGAGUGGACUCAGAAGAAGGAACGCACCGAACUCCGCAAAUUCGCCAUGGUACCUACGCGACCGCUUCGUGUGUGUGAUGUGAUGUCGCCCGUGUCGAUAAUCGUGCAAGCGUGGAUCCAUCCAUUGUGGUGUGUUGUGUUGGUGUUGUUGGUUUGCUGGUGUGGCUGGUGUGUUCAGGACAUGUGUGUGCGCGAGAGUUGGGACAAGGAGCUGGUGGACACGGUGUUCCCCGACGAGAUCGAGGACUAUCAGAUGAAGGACACCAAAAUACCCGGUGGGUACACUGCACAACACACACACACACACACACACACGACACGUGUACCCACGUGUAUGUGUAUGUGCGCGUGUUGUCAGAGUGCGAUGAGGUGUUUGCGGAGGCUGGCGAGCCGUUCAAGACCCUGCUCAAGUUGCGCGCCCAGAUGGACGAGGGCCACUCGGCCAUGGUCGAGGGGUGCAAGUUCGGCAAGGAGUGCAAGGACAUCAAACAGGCCUGCGCAAACCUCAAAGGUCACCCACACACACACACACACACCACCCCACACACGCGCCCCAACACACCUACCUCUCUGUGUGUGCGUGUGUGUGCGCAGAGGAGGCCAAGGAGAUGCAGAUCGUAGUGACCACCACUGGUCGGUUCUCGCACAACCACCGAGGGAGGGAGGGAGGGCCCACAGAGGAGACGAGACAACAACCAUGUGUGUGGCGCACUCGUGAGUGUCGUGGGUGUGUGUGUGGGUGUGUGCCUUUAGAGGAGGGUGAGUUGGACAUAUCCUCUCCGGACGCGGAGGGCCCCGUGGCCACCGCCAUGGAGUCCAUCAAGACAUACGCUAGCGCCUGCCUCAAGGUCAGUCACCUCCUCUUUCACACACAGCACGACACAUAGUCCUUGACGAUGGACGACACCACCACGGUAUCCGUGUGCUCGUGUGUGUUUUGUAGGCUAACAAGGAACUCCCUGGGUGAGCGGCCGGCACCACCAUGGGCAACGGAACACACACACACACACACCAAGAGGGAGAGGGAGAGAGAGAGAGAGGGAGAGAGGGAGAGGGGGAGACGGCCACAGACACACAACGAAGGUGUAAUCUGUGUGUGUGUCGGUCUGUUUGUUCAGGUUGAAGGACAAGUUCACUGUGGUGUCGGACAAGGGCAAGGAGCUCCUCCCCAAGGUCAAGGACAUGGCCAAAACACACGGCCUCGAGAAGAAGGAUAUCAACCCCGCCGUAAGUAACCAAACCACACACUCAACACGCCACACACACACACACAGCCACAUGUCCGCAUCUGUCAAUCUCCUGUGUGUGUGUGUGUGUGGUGGUUUUAGGUCCACGCCGCUAAGAAGAACGUGCACAGCCUGGCGAACUUGCUGGAGGUCAUCGACCGCACAUCCGACGAGGCCAAGAAGGCGGGCGAAGACGUCGCGGUCAGUCAGUCAGUGACGAAUAAUUACAUAUGCCACGCCACACAGUGCCCAUGCAGCCGUCCUCCCUCUCCCUCCCCUCUCUCUCUCUGUCUCUCUCUCUCUCUCUCUGUGUGUGUGUGUGUGUGUGUGUCAGGAGUCCACCAAGACUCUCAAGACCUAGAUAGAUAACACAACACACCCCACCUAACAAACCAAACACACCGAUACACACCGACCGAUGGCUUGCCCGCCCGCCCGCCACACACAUUUCUUGUACAAAGCACACACACACAGAUAGCUGAAUGCCUGCCUGCCUGCCUGCCUGGAGUGAGUGCUGAUGUGUGUGCCAGCACGUGUGCUUACACACGGGCUGGCACACACACGCACGGACACGAAGUAGUCAGAGAGAUACAUACAGAGGAGAAGAAACCACACACACAUACACACAGAUACCGGUCGUUUCUUUUCUCGCCAGCCUGGCCGGGAGGAGAGUGGGGGUAUUUCUAUAUGUGUGUGUGUGUGAAUGUUGUGUUGUGGUGUGGUGUGACGUGUUGUGCUGCAUAGGACGUUCCUCCCUUCAUGCGCGCGUGUGUGAAUGGCUGGAUGCGUUGCCUGCAUUGCGUGCAUUGCCUGCGUCGCGCUGCUUUCUUUUUCUAACAUUUCGUCUGCCCCUUGGUUGCCUUGUCUCAUAGCAUUUAUCGACCUGCCUGUCGACCUGCCUGGAUGGAUGGAUGGAUGGACGGCCGCCUUUUGUUGACUACUAAGACCUCCACCCACACCCACCACACACACACAGACACAACCGCCCAUCUGUCUAUCUGUCCGGCUGUUUGUCUGGCUGACGAGUGAAUGCGCCCACACGAAUUAAUUAAAUGGCCGGAUGGAUCGGUGCAGUCCCUCUCUGCGAUGGUCUGUCUCCUCUCCCUCUUUAUCUUUCGGUGUCUGUCUGUCAUUCUGUCUGUCUGUCUUUUUCCGACUGCCAUCCAUGCUGAUGGAUCGAUCGAUUCGAUGGUGUGUUGUGUAUAUAAGAAUACAUACACAUACAUGUUGGUAUGGUGUGUGUGGUACCUACCUUGGAUGGAGUUGAUCAGAUCAAUGGGGUGAUGAUGAUGGAAGUGGUAUGGCUGCCGGCUGCUGCAUCGAUGGUGUGGUGUGGUGUGGUGUGCUGUGUCGUGCGUGGGAGACCCGAUACUUCGCAGGAAGAUAUGAUAGUCAACGAGAUCCCCCCGUCAUUGAGAA